AUGACUGACGAGAAUAUUAUACCACCUAGUGAUCAUCCAGUUCGAAUACGUUGGUUAAAUGCAGCUGAGCAAAAUCCUAUGAUCCAGAAACCAGUAGCACAACAUCCGCAAACACCAGCAAUAAAAAUGAAUAAAAAUACUGCGCCGUCUGUGAUGAACAAAGCACGAACAAAGGCUCCAAGUGCGACAAAUAUUGUUCGAUUUGUUGAUCAACCUGCUCCUCCACCUUCUGCUGAUAUGUCAAUACAAUCAUCGAAAGGUCUAAAAGAAUUAAGUCCUGAAGAUAAAUUAAAAAUUGCUAAUUUAAUCAAAGAACUAGCUCGUGUUGGUCAUGAAAAAGAAUUAAUCGAGAAUAAACUUGAACAAGAACGAAAGUUAUUCGAAGUACAAAUGAAAACAUUAUUAACUGAUCAUGAUAAACUUAUGAAAGAUAAUCAAAAACUUCUCGCACGUUAUAAUGAAACGAAAGUAAUUUUAAAUGAAUUCGAAAAAAAAACUCGAUUAUCAACAAAACCUCAGGAAUUUCCAAAUCCUCAACGAUCUUCCACACCAAUUGAUUUACUUUCGCCAAAAGAAUCAACAACUUCACGUACUGAUAUAGUUCAACCACCACCACCACGUACAACAAAUACAAUAUUAAAUGAACAAUUUCAAUUAAAACAAAUGAUGAUGGAAAAACAAUUAGAAUUACUCUAUAAACAACAACAAAUACUUGAAAAAGAACUUCACCAAAAAACUAUAAAUUCAUCAAUCGAACAACCAACGAAACCUACUCAAACAACAACACGUGCUACAUCACCAAUGAAAUAUGAAUCAAAAGUAGCCGUUACAGAGAGUGCAACAUCACCUGUUAAACAAACAAAAUCAGUUGUUCGAGUUCCUGAGAAACAAAUAACACGUCCAAUUCAAACUCAACGAUCUAGUUUGACAAACAAUGAUGAAGAUCUAUUAAUAUUAUCUUUAAAUGAAUCAUUACAUGAGCAGAUACCAAAAAAUUUACAAAUAAAUAAAAAAUCUCGAACCAAUAAUAAUCAUCAUUCUUCAAAUGCAAAAGCUGAUUCCGAAGAACAAAAUCUUCUCAAAGAUAUCUUUUUUAUUUGUUAA